ACAAAAUCGGGGGUUUGAAAAAAAAGUGUAGGAAUUUUUUUUUUGAGGUUUAAGAGGAAAGCUACAAAAAAAAAAAGUUUUGACCAGUUGUUGCAUGCAAUUAGGUAGAAUCUGGCUAAGGAAUCACACGCUUCUCAGAGUAUAUCAACGUCCUGUAGUGUUUAAAAGACAGUUCGCUAAAAUGAGUGAAGUCACAAAUAAGAUUGAACAACAGGCUCAGCAACCAGCUGCCGCUGGUGCUGCUCCUGCUGCUGCUGCUGUUGGUGCCACCGCUGAUGGUGCUCCAGUCAAGGAAAAGACCGCCAAGGAACUUGAAAAGGAACGUAAGAAGGCCGAAAAGUUGGCCAAGUUCAAUGCCAAGAAGGCAAAGAAGGAGGCUGCUCCAGCUGCAGCUCCAAAGCCAAAGAAGGAAAAGAAGGUUGCCGAACCAGUCCCAGAAUUCAUUGAUGAGACUAAGGCUGGUGACAAGAAGAUUUUGGUUUCUCUUGAAGAGCCAGCCUUCAAGGCCUACAGUCCUAAGAACGUUGAAUCUUCUUGGUACUCCUGGUGGGAAAAGGAAAACUUGUUUGCUCCAGAAUUCACUGAAUCUGGUGACAUCAAGCCAGAAGGUUGUUUCAGUAUUCCAGCUCCUCCACCAAAUGUCACUGGUGCCUUGCAUAUUGGACAUGCAUUGACCAUUUCUAUUCAAGAUUCCUUGAUCAGAUACAACAGAAUGAAGGGGAAGACCACCUUGUUCCUUCCAGGUUUCGACCACGCCGGUAUUGCUACUCAGAGUGUUGUUGAAAAGCAAUUAUGGGCCAAGGAAAAGAAGACCAGACAUGACUACGGUCGUGAAAAGUUCAUUGAAAAGGUUUGGGAAUGGAAGGAAGACUACCAUGGAAGAAUUAAAAACCAAGUCAAGAAGUUGGGUGCUUCUUAUGAUUGGUCCAGAGAAGCCUUCACCUUGAGUCCUGAAUUGACUGAAUCCGUCACUGAAGCCUUUGUUAAGCUCCACGAAGAUGGUACUAUCUACAGAGCUUCUCGUUUGGUUAACUGGUCCGUUAAGUUGAACACUGCCAUUUCUAACUUGGAAGUUGACAACAAGAAUGUUGCUGGUAAAACUUUACUUUCCGUUCCAGGUUAUGACAACAAAAUUGAAUUCGGUGUUUUGACUUCCUUCUCUUACAAGGUCGUUGGUUCUGAUGAAGUUUUGACUGUUGCUACCACCAGACCAGAAACUAUUUUCGGUGACACCGGUAUUGCUGUUCAUCCAAAGGAUCCAAGAUACACUCACUUGCACGGACAAUUUGUUCAACAUCCAUUUUUGGACCGUAAGAUUCCAAUUGUCACUGAUGGUGAAGCCGUUGAUAUGGAAUUCGGUACCGGUGCUGUUAAGAUUACCCCAGCACAUGACACCAACGAUUACAACACUGGUAAGAGACAAAGCCUUGAAUUCAUUAACAUCUUGACUGAUGACGGUUUGUUGAAUGAAAACUGUGGUCCUGAAUGGAGCGGAAUGAAGCGUUUUGAUGCCAGAGCCAAGGUUAUUGAACAAUUGAAGGAAAAAGGUUUGUUUGUUGACCAAAAGGACAACGAAAUGACCAUUCCAGUUUGUUCUAGAUCUGGUGAUGUUAUUGAACCAUUGUUGAAGCCACAAUGGUGGGUCCAACAAAAGGACAUGGCCACCGAAGCUAUCAAGGCUGUCAAGGAUGGACGUAUUACCAUUACUCCAAAGACUUCUGAAGCCGAAUACUUCCACUGGCUCGAAAACAUUCAAGAUUGGUGUAUUUCUCGUCAAUUAUGGUGGGGUCAUAGAUGUCCUGUCUACUAUGUUGUGAUUGAAGGCAUGGAAGAAGACAGAUUAAACAACGACUACUGGGUUGCCGGUAGAACUUACGAAGAAGCUCUCGAAAAGGCCCAAAAGAAGUUCCCUGAUACCAAGUUUACUUUGGAACAAGAUGAAGAUGUCUUGGACACCUGGUUCUCCUCUGGUUUGUGGCCAUUCUCCACUCUUGGAUGGCCAAACAAGAGUGUUGAUAUGUCCAAGUUCUACCCUAUGUCUAUGUUGGAAACCGGUUGGGAUAUUUUGUUCUUCUGGGUUACUCGUAUGAUUUUACUUGGUCUUAAGUUGACUGGUGACAUUCCAUUCAAAGAAGUUUUCUGUCACUCAUUGGUUCGUGACUCUCAAGGUAGAAAGAUGUCCAAGUCUUUGGGUAACGUCGUCGAUCCAUUGGACGUCAUUGCCGGUAUUCCUCUUCAAGGACUCCACGACAAGCUUUUGGUGGGUAACUUAGAUCCAAAGGAAUUGAAGAAGGCUAUGGAAGGUCAAAAGAUUUCUUACCCUAACGGUAUCCCAGAGUGUGGUACUGAUGCUAUGAGAUUUGCCUUGUGUGCCUACACUACUGGUGGUAGAGACAUUAACUUGGAUAUCUUGAGAGUUGAAGGUUACAGAAAGUUCUGUAACAAGAUUUACCAAGCUACCAAGUUCGUGUUGAUGAGAUUGGGUGCUGAUUACAAGCCUCCAGCAACUGUUGCUGUCACCACUGAAACUUCUUUGGUUGAAAAGUGGAUUUUGCACAAGAUGAAUGAAACCGCCAAGUCCAUGAACAAGAGUUUGGAUCAAAGAGACUUUGCUGAAUCUACCACUGCUAUUUACAACUUCUGGUACGAUUUGUGUGAUGUUUACAUUGAAAACUCCAAGUCUUUGAUUCAAGAUGGUACUGAAGCCCAAAAGAUUUCUGCUCAAGACACUUUAUACGCCUGUAUCGAAGGUGCCUUGAAGAUGAUGCAUCCAUUCAUGCCUUUCAUCACCGAAGAAAUGUGGCAAAGAUUACCACGUAGAGAAGGUGAAAAGGCCAUUUCUAUUGUUACUGCCAAGUACCCAGAAUACGAAGCCAAGCUCGACGAUGUCAAGUCAUUGGAAGCAUAUGAAUUAGUCUUGGAUAUCACCAAGGGUGCUAGAUCUUUGUUAUCUCAAUACAACAUCUUGAAGAAUGGUUCCGUCUUUGUGGAAUCUUCUAACAAGGAUAUUGCCAACAUCGCCAAAGACCAAGAAGAUUCUAUUGUCUCUUUGAUUAAGGGUGUUGAAAAGAUUUCUGUUGUUGAAAGUGCCAAGGAUGUUCCAUCUGGUUGUGCCUUGCAAUCUAUUAACCCUGAAUGUACUGUUCACGUUUUAGUUAAGGGUCAAAUCGACUUGGAUGCUGAAAUUGCCAAGGUUAACAAGAAAUUGGAUGUUGCUAAGGAUUUCCAAACCAAGUUGAACGAUUCUAUUUCCAAGUUUACUGAAAAGACCAAGGAAGUUGCUAAGGAAGCUGCUUUCAAGAGACAAGAAAACUACAAGGCUGAAAUUGAAGGUUACGAGCAAACUAUUGCCAUUCUUGAGAAGUUGAAGUUGUAGAUUAUAUAAAGAUUUGUUAGAAGCAAUUAUAAUUAGUAUUGAAA